AUGGCGUCAGCAAAUUUCAGAGACUCGCUGGGCACGCUGGGAUGGAGCAGACGAGACGAGCCCGUCAACACGUCCUCGGCCACGCCAAUACUGGGCAGGCUUCAAUCGUUGAACCCGUUUGGACAGGGUGGCUAUGUCCGCUUGCCUACGACUGAGACGAAUCCUGGAGCCCCUCUCCCAGCUCCCACGCGGCGAGAGGAAGAGGAGGGUUGGUUUGCUCUGAGUCGAUGGGAUCGAUUGCUCCUCUUCGGCGGCCUCGUCCUCGCCGCAUUGGUCAUGUUCGUUGUUGCCUUUGGACUGAUGUUCACGCCCGUCUUCAUCUUGAAGCCACGCAAAUUUGUCGUUCUGUGGACAAUGGGAUCUGUGCUAUUCCUUGCUUCCUUCGCCGUAAUGAUGGGACCUAUAGCGUACGUGCAGCAUCUGCUAUCGGGGCCUCGUCUUCCCUUUACAGCAGCGUACUUUGGAUCGAUAGCACUAACGCUCUACUUCUCAGUUGGGGGAAAUCUCAAGCCUACCCCACACCCCCCGGCAACAACCCCAAAGCCGUGCAAUCAUGGUCUCAUACUCCGCUGCAUGCGCGAUUCCUUAACCUCUCCGCCCAAAAGAUCUCAGGCUAAUGUUGUACCACGUCCGCGUGACGUGACCUUUGUUCAGCUUCAUUCCACUUUCCUCACUCUUAUCGCAGCUAUUGUCCAGACCGUUGCCCUCAUUUGGUACCUAGUCUCAUAUUUUCCCAUGGGAUCGACAGGCCUCCGAUUUGCAGCGCAAGUCGGAGGCAAUCGUGUCGCCGCGUGGAUGAGGAGCUAG